CUUCGCAAGGAAAUGAAAACUCCAAGACAGACCUGAGUAUUUGAUGCAACGUUGGAUGAAGAGUGGACGCUUGUCAAGGAAAGGUUUUGCCAGAGUGCUCUUGCUUGUGCUAUGGGAAGAUGAAGAUAUGGGGCCCAUCUCUCCCCAGCCAACCCAGGUGGCGGCCUCUGCCUCGAACGUUUCCAAGUGACGUAGAACCCCGCAGGCCCAGAGGCCCCUGCACACUUCCUGUGUGGGGUUCUAACUCGCCUCCCCUCCCAGCCUUGGGUGCCUGCUUCAGAAAAUGAAGUGCUAAGCCACCAGGCUCCACCAUCUUAGGCAGAAUUCAGUGUCCAUCCGGUGAGAGAAUGAUGCCAUCGGGAAGCCUCUGGAGAGUUCUGGGACUCUGUCUCCUGUCAGUUGGCGCUUGGGGGCAGGAAGACAAUGACGACCCUUCAGAGCCAUCUCCACAGGCAUCUGCCUCCGCACGGUACAAAGUCUCCAUUUCUGGAACCAAGGUGGUGCUGACAUGCCCUGAGGAUUUGGGAAGUGAAUCAAUAAAAUGGGAAAGAAAUGGUGGCCUCUUGCCCAAUGAAUAUGGAGAACAGCUAUUUCUGGAUGGUUUUUCAGAAAUGGAAGACAGUGGUUAUUAUGCCUGCUAUACAAGCAACUCACUAGAGAAGAACUAUCUCUACCUGAAAGCAAGAGUGUGUCAGAACUGCAUUGAGGUGAAUCUGAUGGCAGUGGCCGCGAUCGUCGUGGCUGAUGUCUGUAUCACUCUGGGGGUGCUGCUGCUGGUAUAUUAUUGGAGCAAGAAUAAAAAGGCCAGUUCCGUGACCAUGAUGCGAGGACCAGGUGCAGGCGGCAGGCCCAGGGGACAAAACAAGGAGAAACCACCACCUGUGCCCAAUCCAGACUACGAGCCCAUCCGGAAAGGCCAGCAGGAUCUGUAUUCUGGCCUGAAUCAGAGAGGCAUCUGACGGCUCUUGAGGACGCUGCCUCCCACAGGCCCAGGUCUGGCUUCUCCGGGGCCUGCUGUUCCCUGUACCCUGAGUAAAUCUUGGACCCCAGAAGAGAACGGCUCCUCUGCCUUCUGGAGAACUCACACCCUGCAGCCUUCUCCCCAGCUCCUUCCAUCCUGCCUUCUCUGUUGGCGCUCAGUUCUAGAAUAGCACAGGCACUAUUCACUAUUGUGACACAUCAUGGCUACCCACCCCCCCCCCUCACCUGGACGGCCCCUUGUCUGGGUAUUUAUUCCUGUUAUUCCCACCCCCACCAUCACCAGUUCCUUCCUACCCUGCAGGAGAGCCCCCUUCUCCCUUCACUUCCCCCCUUUCCUGCACAGAAGUUGCCCCCAUCCCUAACUAUUCCAUCUACCUUUCCGUUUUCCCAGCUGUCUCUUGGGUGACCCUUUGUGGGGAUGGACCGGGUAACUUUGGCAGAGGUCCUGCCCUGUUUGCAGACCCUGGCCCCGAACCAGCCCUCUGGGCCCUCCCCCACGUCUUCCCCGAAGGCCCCUGGAUGGUCAUUUGCAUCUGCGUGAAUGUGCUAGGCUCCCUGUCAGCUGAGAGAGAAAAGAAAUAAAGUGUAUUUGGCUGAAA